AUGCUGCCUAAAUCUGACAACAAGUUUCGCCCAAAGGAAAUGACGGAGCAGCACUCUGCACUGAAUCGAGAGUUUUCUUAUUUAAAACAGCCGGCAGCCCGAGGCGGAUCUGAUCGGAUUUGCCCCCCCAAGUGUUGCACCAGGAUGGGGGAUUCUGAGUCGGGGCCAUGGCUGCUUAAUACUGCGGUGCGCCGGAUAGUCAAAAACUCUAAAGACCUCUCUCUGUCGCCUUCUUUCCAGCGCUUUGCCUUUGCCUCCUGGGUCAAGGAGAACCUCUGCAAGAAGGAGUGUUGCCUAUUUGAAAAAGAUGGCAGAUCUGAUGUGUGUAAGUGUGGCUACCCAAAGACCAGCCACAUCGAUGAGGCCAUCAAGCCAGAGGACUUCACGGGCGAGCUGUGGAACAAGCACCGACAUGUCCGCGAAAUGCCCACUGAUGCUUUCGGAGACAUCAGCUUCGGUGGUUUGGGGCAAAAGAAGGGCAAGUACGCGCGAGUGUCCACUGAUGCCAACCCAGACGACCUGUACCACUUACUGACUGAACUCUGGAAGCUUCCCCCUCCGAACCUGCUGAUCUCGGUGACCGGAGGAGCCAAGAAUUUCUAUCUGAAGACUCGUCUCAAGAACAUGUUCCACAGAGGUCUUAUCAAAGUGGCCCAGACUACAGGUGCGUGGAUCAUCACUGGUGGUACCCACGCGGGCGUAAUGAAGCAUGUAGGGCAGGCCGUGAGGGAUUACGCCCUGAGCAGCUCCGUGCAGGGCAACAUCGUGGCCAUCGGCGUGGCAACAUGGGGAGUAAUUCACAAUAGAGAUGCUCUGGUGCAUCCAGAGGGUUGUUUCCCUGCCCACUAUUUAAUGGACACCAAGACCCAGGACCGACUGUCCUGUCUCGACAGCAACCAUACCCACUUCCUGCUGGUGGACGACGGGACCCACGGGCACUACGGUGUGGAGAUCGAGCUGCGUAGCCAUCUAGAGAAAUGCAUCUCCGGGAAGCGUCUUGGCAACAAAGAGACCGGUGUGACCAUCCCCGUGGUGUGUGUGGUUUUGGAUGGAGGACCAGGCACGUUGAAUACCAUCUACAAUGCCAUGCUGAACGGUACACCAUGUGUGAUCAUGGAGGGCUCUGGGAGAAUAGCAGAUGUAAUCGCUCAGGUGUCAGGACUGCCGGUUUCCCAGGUCACUAUCGCCCUCAUCCACGUGCUGAUGAAAAAGUUUUUCGGUGAAGAGUAUGAAAGGUUUCCUUACCUCAGCAUCAUAGAAUGGACCAAGAAGAUUCAGGACAUCAUCAGGAUGUCUCACUUGUUGACGGUAUUCACAGCAACCGAAGACAAACAGGGCGACGUGGAUGUAGCCAUUCUUCAAGCGUUACUCAAAGCUUCGAGGACCAGCGAGUCUCUGGGAAUCGAGAGCUGGAGGAGGCAGCUGGAGCUGGCUAUAGCCUGGAACCGAGUGGACAUCGCCGAGACCGAGAUCUUCACUGAGGAGAGCAAGUGGAAGUCCAGUGAUCUCCACUGGGCCAUGUUCUCCGCUCUGGUUGGCGACAAGCCCGAGUUUGUGAGUUUGCUUCUGGAGAACGGUGUGAGUCUGAGGGAUUUCCUGCAGAGUGAGGAGACCCUGUGCGAGCUCUACAAACAGCUGCCCAGCUGCUUCUUCCUGCGCAAGCUGGCCAAGCGGGUCCACAGCUCUCGCCGCAACCGGAGGAAAGCGUUCGCCAUCAGGACUCGAGCUCGCGUAGGGCAAGGAGAGAUGAUCUCCCUGACUCACGUCUCCGACGAGGUGCGACACCUGCUGGGCAGCUUCACCCGACGCAUCUACCCUCAACCCAACAUUUCAUUCCACUUCAACAUGUCCAUAGAGGACAUGUCACAGUCACUGUCUAAAAGUGAGGCAGACUCACAGGCUCCGCUCAGGGAGGACGUUGCUGAAGUUCAGAGGGACCCAGGCACAGACCUUUUCCUUUGGGCCGUCGUGCAGAACAACAAGGAGCUGGCUGAGAUCGCCUGGGAGCAGUGCAGAGACUGCAUGUCUGCCGCUCUGGCUGCCAGUAAGAUCCUGAAGAAAAUGGCAGAAGAGGACAGAGAGGGAGAUCAGGCAGAGGACAUGGAGGAGCUCGCCGAUCACUACGAGCAACACGCCAUUGGCGUGUUCAGCGAGUGCCACAGCAGCGACGCUGAACGAGCUCGGAAGCUGCUGGUUCGUGCGUCACACUUGUGGGGCCGGACGACGUGCCUGCGACUGGCGCUGGAGGCCGAUGAUAAAAGCUUCGUAGCUCAGCCAGGUGUUCAGGCUCUUCUGACUCAAAUCUGGUGUGGUGAGCUUUCAGUGGACAACCCAGUGUGGAGGGUUCUGGUCUGCAUGGUCUUCUUCCCUCUCAUCUACACUGGCUUCCUGGUUUUCAGACGUGACGAACUCAUCCAGAAAGACACCGAGAAGAGCGAGGAGAUGAAGACAGUGGAGACGGUGACAGGAAGCACACUCCGGACGAAGGCUCGUACCCCCCUUCGGCGCUUGAAGCCUCUGGGCAGCUGGUCCAGGCUGGUGUGUCUGUACGACUCCCCGCAGGCCAAGUUCUACGGGAACAUCGUGUCUUACUUCGCCUUCCUCUUCUUGUUCGCUGUGGUGCUGAUGAUCGACUUCCAGACCACGCCGUCUCCUGCGGAGCUGCUGCUCUACGUCUGGCUGUUCACUCUGGUGUGUGAGGAGGUCCGACAGCUCUUUCAUGAUCCCGACGGUUUUGGGUUCCGUAGGAAAGCCAAGAUGUACAUCCACGAACUGUGGAAUAUUUUAGACGUCCUGUCCAUCAUCCUGUUUGUUAUCGGCCUUGCGUUUAGGUUGACAAACAAGCUGCUGUAUCCAGGUAAAGUCCUCCUCUGCAUCGAUUUCGUGGUCUUCUGCCUCCGUCUCAUGGCCAUCUUCACCAUCAGCCGAACCCUGGGACCCAAAAUCAUCAUAGUCCGAAGGAUGAUGAUGGACAUGUUCUUCUUCAUGUUUCUGCUGAGUAUCUGGGUGGUGGCGUACGGCGUGGCCAAGCAAGGCAUCCUCAUCGAGAAUGACGACCGGCUGGACUGGGUUGUCCGUGGGGCGGUUUACGAGCCGUACCUCAUCAUAUUUGGGAGUUUUCCCGAUAGCAUUGAUAACGCUGCGUUUGACAUAGACAGCUGCACGAUGAAUGGCACCGACCCUCUGAAGCCCAAGUGUCCUGUGCUGAAUGACAAUCAAACGCCGGCCUUCCCCGAGUGGCUCACCAUCAUCAUGCUUUGUGUGUACUUGCUCUUCGCCAACAUACUGCUGCUCAACCUGCUCAUAGCGAUCUUCAACUUUACAUUCCAGGAAGUCCAGGACAACACAGACUGUAUAUGGAAGUUUCAGAGAUACGAGCUAAUUAAGGAGUACCACAGCCGUCCGACCGCCCCUCCUCCUUUAAUCUUCUUCAGUCAUCUCUACCUCUUCAUCAGGAGCAUGGUGCUGCGGAGGCCCCCCAUCCAAUACAAAGAGUUCAAGAACGAGCUUCCUGCUAUAGAGGAAGAGGAGCUGCUGUCCUGGGAGGCCUUGAUGAAGGACAGAUACCUGCUGUCUGCACAGCAGGAGCAGAGCCAGAGCGUGGACAGACGCAUCCUGGAUACAGCCCAAAAGGUUACCACCAUAAGCGAUCGGCUGGAGAGAGAAGAGGAAACGAGCUCCGCCGCCAUGCUGAAAAGACUGGCCCGACUAGAGGAGCAGGUCAUCCAGUCAACCAGAGCCCUGCAGUGGAUUAUGGACAGUCUGAAAUCUCAGGGUUUUGCUGCAAAAGAACCACCAUCGCUGACCUUAAACACAACAGACGACACCCCUGACACGUCAGAGAAAGAGGACGGUUUCCACGUGAACUCCCGCCAGCUUCACUACCCGAACACCAAACUCACACGCUUUCCUGUGCCCGAGGAGAAAGUGCCGUGGGAGGUCGGCUUCAGCUCGUACAUGCCGACUUAUUACGCGUCUGAAGGCAGCGGCGACACCGUGGAUGGAUCAGAACCACAAGCCUUAGAUAAUUACAGAAACCCAGGAGGGAGGACGGGCAUCCGGGGACGAGGUGCACUGGACCGUCUGGGUCCGAACCUGAAUCUCGACCUCGUGCUCACACGCUGGCGAGACAGCGAGAGGUCCGCUUUGGAGUACCUGGCUGUCUUUGAUGAGAGUCGAGGAACCUUGGCCCUACCUGGGGGGCCUGUUGACUCUGCCAAUCGCCUGCCCGUGACUCUUAAGAGAACCAUGGGAAAGAAGCUGUAUGAAAUGAUAAACGCAAAAGCAUCAGAGGGAACAAAGGUGUUUGAGGGUUACGUGGAUGACUACAGGAACACAGACAACGCCUGGGUGGAAACCACCGUCCUAAACAUUCACCUGGACAGAACAAGCCAGAUGAUGAUGGACAUCAACAAUAUGGUGGUGAGCAGCAACGGCGCUCUUCAGUGGCAGGAGGUGAGCAGCAAAACCCGACUGAGCCCAAACCAGAGAGACUCGCUGCGGCAGGUCGCUGCGCUGCACAACAGGAAGUUCUGACGCUUUCGCUGCUGUUGCUGUAAAUGUGCCUCUCCAUGCACAGGUUGUCUUCUGCCAGCCAAAACGUGGCCUUUGGUUAAAGCUGAAGCAGCCUGAUUCUGUUGCACUGAAAUCACUUGUACAAAAAAAAAAAAAAGAGUAGAAAAGACACGGUAAAGCCAUAACGUAUGCUGCUGUGGAUGAACUGAAUGUUCACUGUGCUGUACACAAGCCUAAGAAUUCAAAUAUGUGCCUGAGAAUAAACACUUGAGUGGUGACGGCUCCGAACAUGGUGCAAAGUAGAUGCACUUUUACUUUAAGGGUUUUUUUUAUGCAAUACAUAUAAAUAAUAAAGAGUAGAGACAUAUGCCAAAUACAGCCAUACAUAAUGGCAAAUGAUUUACAUCUAAGAAGUUAUGCACUGAAAAAAUGACUGCACUGAAGAAAAUACGCAACACUCCACAGUAGUUCCAGCUUGACCUGCUUCUUUACAAGGCAGUAAUAAUAAGAAUCCAAACUCGCUGUGUGUAAUAAUGUACCUCACAUGAAGGGACCAUGCCGCGCAGUUACUACCUUUAUGUUGAUGUAUUUUGCUGCUAUACCUCUCUACGUGUUCUUGAGUCAAAUUUUAUAUUCACUUGUAACGGAGCCUUUUUACUUUGGUGUUUUAAUGCUUUUAUUCAACUAAAGUUGACCCGUAAAACGU